AUGGAUGAAUUUCAGGGUACUGUUUUAGGAUCCUGGCGCUCCAUGAGUGUCAAAGCCAGAUCUUUUUUGGUGGGAUUGUUUUUGGUAAGUAUAGUUGCAGUUCUUGUUUUUGCAGGAAUUGUAAGUAGUUCAUCCAUGGCUUUCCCUGCAGGACCACUUUCUUCUGGACAAAUCAUGGUAUUUAUUCUCUGUAUAUUUGUUAUUGCUUGGUCCGCAUUGGAUACUCUCUUUCGGCGGAUGUUGGGAUCCUCAGAUUUAUGCCCAAAUAUGGAAUCUCGAGCUAUACUUCGAAGUGGUGCUGAAUUCAGUGGAUAUCUUUUGCUCUUCUUUAUUUGUGAUCGCACGACAUUAUUUCCAAGAAUGGAGAAGUGGUAUUCCGCUGAUAGUUUCUGGUUUUUAUGGAUUGCUUUGGUUGCCAUUUCUUUUUGUACAUUUACUAAAGCCAAAACUCCUUCAUCUCUUGUAGUGAAUGGACAACACACUCCAGAAAAUUUUCACGUUCCUCCUUUAGCAAGGAAUCAAACAGAAGAAUGGAAAGGAUGGAUGCAAGUACUCUUUCUAUGGUAUCAUUAUUUUCAUAACGUAAGUAUUUACAACAGUAUUAGACUUUUUAUUGCAGCAUACGUAUGGAUGACAGGUUUUGGUAAUUUUUCCUAUUAUUAUGUGCGAAAAGAUUUUUCACUUAGUCGUUUUUGUGAAAUGCAAUGGAGACUUAAUUUUCUUGUUGCAGCUACAUGUUUAAUGUUGGGAAAUGAGUAUAUGCUUUAUUACAUAUGUCCCCUUCAUACACUUUUUACACUUAUUAUAUAUGGAAGUCUUUGGUAUUAUCAAGAAUUAAAUUCUACGAAUCGGGGAAUAAUUAUAAAGGCUUCUAUACUUUUUGUUCUUUGUUUUUGUCUUUGGGAUGUGUCAGAGCAAUUUUUCUGUAUUCUAUGGACACCUUUAAAAUGGCUUGUGCGGUAUGAUGAUCCAUACCGUCCUCAACGUGAAGUUAUGUCAGAAUGGUAUUUUCGUACAUUUCUUGAUCAUUAUGUAUGGAUAUAUGGUAUGUUAUUUGCUUAUUGUCAUCCAAGAUACGAUAGUUAUCUUAAACGUAUUGAUGAAAUGCCUAAAUAUAUUAGCUGGUUGAUUAAAUCUAUUAUUGUUACGAUUUCAUUAUUUAUUGGCUAUUUUUAUGUGGUACAAGUAUAUCUUCUACCAAAAUCUCAAUACAAUGGUAUACAUCCAUAUACUUCAUUUAUUCCCAUUACAAUUUACAUUAUUCUUCGAAACCUUUUUAUGCGAGCACGUCUUUAUCAUAUCGAACUUUUUACUGCCUUAGGGAAGGUUACCCUAGAAUCUUAUAUAUCACAAUUUCAUAUUUGGAUGGUUACUACAGGUUUAAAUGGGAGUCCAAAACUAUUAUUAAGAGUUGUGCCUGAAGGAUACCCUAUGAUUAAUUUUGCUCUGACAUCCAUUAUUCUUUGUAUUGUCUCAUUUAGACUAUUUGCAACUACAAAUGCGACACGAGGUUUUCUUAUUCCACACAAGGCAUCUAACUAUAUUUUGAGAACCAAUUUGUUAUCAGCUGCUUUAUUUUUAUCUUGCUUGUAUGGGAUUUCUUUCUGUAUUUAUCUCAUAGCUUCGAGAGAGGCUUAA